CCGAGCCACCGGGCUCCGCGGCGCCAAACUCGGGCUGCCGGGGCAAGUGUCUUCAUGAACCCAGAGGAUGUCCGGGAAGCACUACAAGGGUCCUGAAGUCAGUUGUUGCAUCAAGUAUUUUAUCUUCGGCUUCAAUGUCAUAUUUUGGUUUUUGGGAGUAGCCUUUCUCGGCAUUGGACUGUGGGCGUGGAACGAAAAGGGAGUCCUGUCCAACAUCUCUUCCAUCACCGACCUUGGCGGCUUUGACCCCGUUUGGCUCUUCCUUGUGGUGGGCGGAGUGAUGUUCAUUUUGGGAUUCGCAGGGUGCAUUGGCGCGCUCCGAGAAAACACGCUCCUCCUCAAGUUCUUCUCUGUAUUCCUGGGGAUCAUUUUCUUCCUGGAGCUCACGGCUGGGGUGCUGGCGUUUGUGUUCAAAGACUGGAUCAAAGACCAGCUCUAUUUUUUUAUCAACAACAACAUCCGAGCAUACAGGGACGACAUCGAUUUGCAAAACCUCAUAGACUUCACCCAGGAAUAUUGGCAGUGCUGUGGGGCUUUCGGAGCUGAUGAUUGGAACCUAAAUAUUUACUUCAAUUGCACAGAUUCCAAUGCAAGUCGAGAGCGAUGCGGCGUGCCAUUCUCCUGCUGCACUAAAGACCCCGCGGAGGACGUCAUCAACACUCAGUGUGGUUAUGAUGCCAGGCAAAAACCCGAAGUGGACCAGCAGAUCGUGAUCUACACGAAAGGCUGCGUGCCCCAGUUUGAGAAGUGGCUGCAAGACAAUUUGACCAUUGUAGCCGGUAUUUUCAUAGGCAUUGCCUUGCUGCAGAUUUUUGGGAUAUGCCUGGCCCAGAAUUUGGUUAGUGAUAUCGAGGCUGUCAGGGCGAGCUGGUAGAGCCCCCGGAACAGCUGCUGCCAGACACUGGACAGAUCCACGCCUUCCUGACCCUGCCCAACGUGCCGGACUGUGUCCACGCUGCACAGACCCCAGUCGCCAAGGCACCCUUCAACCCCAUCUGGGAACUGCCAAGAACGUGCUUGUUGGGAGGGAGGGGGAGUAAAACUGUGACAUGCUGCUCACUUGACGGAAUUUUUUUAAGAACCAGUAUGAAAGUUCUUACGCCGUGAAUCUCUACUGUGGCCAUGGAUUGAUGGCUGGCUGGACACUUACCAAAACCAAACAAACAGAUAAAAAAUGGGAGGAGGGGCCCAGAUCUACUUAAAUCGAAACAGAAUACUCUUGAAUCUGUGGACAAUGCCAUUGCGUUCUCUACUUCGGUAACUGGAGGGCUGUGCUUGUGGUUUUGUGCUUCAAAUUGAUCUGACGGACUGCCUUUUGUUCUAAAGCCUCGAGGUGCAUCUUUCUAAAAUGCUGCUCCCCACCCCUGGGAGGACAGCGUGUUGGGGUACCCCUCCCUUGCAUAUUUCUGUUACAAGGAUCACCUCGCGAAGGAAACAGCGUGGUCCCAGUUCCGUGGUGCUUGCACUCUGGGUUGACGUGUGAGGGCAACAUGGUCUAGGCUGCAGGGUCUCCUCAGGAGCGGAGUUGUGGGUUUACCCGCCAGGGCCUUGAAAGACUCCACAGUGCUGCAUUUCAGCAGGAAAGACUGUUUCCCCGGUGGGCCUGAGCAUUAUUGAUCAGGGAUCUCCAAGGAGAAAAAUAUGAGGUUAAUGAAGAAAAGAUCUUAGUGAAGUGCCCCCUGCUCCUCACCACCACCACCUCCACAUCAGUUGUCGAGCUCUUUGGAAACUCUCGAAGACGCUGCAUUGGGCUUAUUAUUCGUUUUUUUGGUUGUUGUUUUUUGUCUCACAAAGGUGAAAGCCACAAUCAUAUUUUCUUUUAAGUCUUUUUAUUCCUUUUCUCAAAAAUUCAGCUGGAGUUUUCAUCGUUCUUUUGUGAGCUCUUACCUGCAUGACCUGUGCAUCCGAAUCAGCCAACCCCUGUUCCUGCCGCGGGGCCUGCGGCCAUCGAGCCCUGGCAUUGGUCAGCAUGCUUUCAUGGAGCCCUGGCAUUGGUCAGCAUGGCUUUCAUGGAGCCCUGGCAUUGGGAGGCUGUUGUCAUCUUCACAGGUGCUUCCACAGGUGCAACACUUGUGACAGUGUCCUUUUUCGUGGUCCCUUCUGCACACGCGCACACACACACAUACCCUUGCUUUCUGAGCGGUAUUAAACCCAAUUGCGAAACAGUGUUGACAUGACCAAAACCUUCUCAUUGCUUUUCCGGUUUCCGUUUGCUUUUAUUCCGAAGAGACAACAGUGGGUGGUCAGAGCUUCAGCUGCUCUCUUAUGACUGCACACUAAACAUCAAAAUAGUACAAUAAAUAAGAUCAAGUCCCAUUGUUAUCCAGCCAAUUCCAACUCAGUGAUCUUACAGGACAGAAGAGGAACUGUCCCCCGAGGGUUCCUGGGGCUGUCCUGACCCAAGCAGACUGCCACAUCUCCCGCGCACGGAGCAGGUUCAAAUGGCUGGCCUUUCAAGUCCCAGCUGAGUGCUAAACCACUGAGCCACCAGGGCUCCAGUUAACAGCAUGGUAACAAAGCACAAAUGCCUGGCAGGGGAGAGCAUGAAAUGGGGGCAGGAGUCCUGUGACAACAAGUGGGGGCCCACCUACUUGGCACUGGUGCUGCUGCCCCUGCCCCCAUACCAGCUGGGAGGGAUGUGGUUUGCCCCCUGGCUUUGAUGCACCAGGUGCCUGGGAACCUGCCCACUGGCAGCCGCUCUCCCGGAGAACAGAUAUGCCCCUUGGUCUGCUGGGGAAACCACAGGCAUGUUUGACAGCCGUGACACUUCGGCCAACACAUAACGGGGCAGCUAGCUAACAUACUUGGUGGGAAUUGAACGCAGUUUCCUGUUUCAGCCCCAUGGUGCAUCUGCGGCUGUGGCUGCUGAGCCCGCCCGUCUGUUCAGAGAAGGGACAAGAACGCUUAAGAAU